GGCCGUUUAAAUUCCAGGUAGAGGAGGAUGGCCGUGGACGAGCGCGAAGAGGGCGGGGCCUCCGAGGACCUGGAGUGCGGCAUCUGCUGCAUGCCUUACGACCGCUGCGGCCGCGCGCCGCGCCGCCUCGGGGGCGCGCACGGCUCGUGGAAGCCCUCCCGCUGCCGGCACGUGAUCUGCAGCGCCUGCGUGUGCCAGCUGGCGCGCGAGGGCUGGUGGGAGGAAGUCACGUGCCCUUACUGCCGCGCCGUCACCUCCCUACGCGAGCGCGGCAACUUCCUCGUGGCCGGCGUCAGGCGCGGGAGCGCGAGCUUGACCGGGGGCGGCCGCCGCCGCCUCGUCCUGCCGCCCAUCGACGCCGAGCUCUGGCAGCGCGUCGUCCGCCUCGAGAAGCAAGGGGCCGACGGGAGCAAGGCCGAGGAGCGCCUCGGGGAGAAGGAGGGCGACGACGAGGAGGACGGCGGCGACGGCGAGGCCGGCCAGUGGCGCCUGUGGAGGGCGCUGAAGAGACUCUUGAAGGGAGGGAGUGGGGAUAGCGAUGCGCCUGCGCGGAGCAGGAGAGGGCGUGGCCGGAGCAGGUCCGUGCCUCCCAGGCGGAGACCACCAAUCAACCACUUAACACGACUGGCCUUCUGAGGUGCUGCCUGCUGCCUCCUGCAUCUGACUUCAUAUGGCCCUGAAAUAAAGGACUUGGCACUCAUGACUUGCUACAUCAUCUGAAAAGUGGCUGGCUUGGAAUCAACAAGCUUUUAUGAGCCUGCUACAUGAGAAGAGUAGCCAGCUUGCACCUUCAAGGCUUUGAAUGAAGCAUCCCUUGUCCACCCAUGGGGUGUCCUUUCCCUGCAGCACAUGCAGGAUGACUGAGGUGAUGCACUGUUCUUCUGGUUACCAUGCGACAGAUUUUCACCAUGCUGCUCAGGGAGGUGCUAUUCCUUAUGACCCCACGGAGGCCACUGCAGACAUGACCCAAGAAGAGCUACAGCAACUCUUUCAUCCUUCCCCUCACAGCUUCUGCCUCCUGAAAUGGAGCAAAAUGUGGAAGAUAGCAGCAGAAAGUGGAGGAUGACCUGUCAUAUGUGACACAAGAUUACAUCUCUUCUGGACUAAGUCUGUGUCUUGAAGGCUUACUUGCAGUCAAUUUAUCUUGCGCAUAAGUUUAACAUGGUUCUGAACUAUGGAAAUUUUUCCAUUGUCUAUGUGCCUUUCAAAAAACUGAGGGGGCAUACAUGAGAUUACUUUCUGAAAGUACCCUCCUACGUGCACUCUGGCAAAAAUUGGAUGGAUGUAGCCAAGAUUGGAUGGCUUACAAUUUGAACAUAUAUUUUGGCACUUGUAGUACUUUGUUUUCCUACUGCAAAGUAGCCAUUUUAACAAAAUUUACCAUGUGCCAUAGUAUGAGGAGAUCAGGGAUGGAAUUACUGUGCCUUGCAAUCCCUGUGUGUAUGUAUAUUCUGCUUUCAGUCUUGCCAGUUACACCUUUCAUAAUUUGCUUUUUUUCCACCCUCAGACAGUGUACCUAACAAAUUUGGUUAAGUGGCUUCACGGGAAUAUUUUGGUAUAUUAUCCAGUUCUUACUAAGAUUUUUUCACCCUCUGUUGCAACAUGUUUUUUGACACAAAGUUGAGGUUGUUUCCUAGUUUUUCAGAUGAGUAACUGAAGUAAAAGUUUAUUUGACCAAAGGUCCUUUGAGAAGACCAUCCAGGCUACAACCAGGGCUUAUAAUCCUUGUGAAUGUUGGUUUGGCUUGUACUUCCUCCAACCAACACAAUUUUCUUUUGCUGCAUUACGAAUUACACAACAGAUUCUGCACUCUCCCAUUUUGGAAAUCUCAUAUGUGAAUAGUAUCAGAAUAGGCAGUCGGCCUCUUCUAGCUAGAUACUGCGUUCUUCCUGACAAGGGAAUGAUUUAAGUGUUGGUUUGUGUUUUUAAGAAGCAUUUCUGUGAAAUGUGUUGGGCAUACUUAAUAAUUUCAUAUUUAUAAUUCUUCCCUGUUUUACCAAUUGUAACUUAUUUAAUUUUAAUAAAAACCCAAGAGUUGAACUAUUA